AUGGCUCAUCCGAGGGGUUAUCUUCGUCUAAAGACGUGCAGGCUACUCCACUCCCAAUCCCAAUCUCGGAUAUUAUGGCUACAAGCUGUCAACAAUAUCUACCGCCGCAACGGAUUUCCCAAACCCUUGCUUCCCCCUCUCGAUGAGCUGAACCUGCGCGACCUGGAGCGUCUGGCUCUAACACCCUCGCUGUUCCUCCGGCUCGUGGAGGGCAACCACGACGAGCACAUCGCCCCUCAUUCUACGCGCGUCUUGGACCAAUCGACGCCCGUGGAUGGUACCCUCGAUUCCGAGCAUGGGGCCAGCGACCCGGUUAAUCCAAACCUUGCUGUGAGAUUAGUCUUCCUCGUGCCGAGUGGGCGCUUUCUUGUUACGCUUUCGGGGCCGGAUUAUAAUUCAGUACACCAGGGUGGGGAAGAUGAGGACCCCGAGUUUUUGUGCUUGUGGGAUCUGGGACUUGGGGAUCUGUAUCCGUUCAGGUCGGCGCCUAUCGCGAAGGUGGAGGUGGAGUUGAGGGGGUUUCAUGGUCCGCAGAUCAGUCUUUCCAAGGAUGGGCGGGCGGUUCGUGUUGUUGGUUAUGGGUCUCCAUCCCUGGAUCAUAUCGUGGUCUACGCAAUUCGUUUGGAUGUACCGCAGCCAGAGUGGGAGAUAAUUGCUGAGCUGUUUGACUUCCCCGAUAGCUGCAUCGCGGUCGUACAGUCGGGAUUCAAGGAUAACCGGGUGUUCAUCGAUACCGGUCAGGGUGUUCAACUCGUGUGGGACUUUGAAAACGACGCGAUUUCGAAGUGGAGGGAAUUGCAGUGGACAGAACACGCACAUUUCUUCGGAAAUUACGUCCUCUCAACAGUGCAUAAAAUCAGCGAGCGCCGUGGGGAGAUGAGCCUCCACCAGCUCCCGCCUUUCGAGCCUUUCGACGACAUUGCGGAUGCGCUUCUGCCGUACUCCUCGAUCGCGGAUAUUCGGAGCAAGUGGAAUGGGCUAACUGAGUUACGGUUGGGUUGGAAGGAGUGGGUAUCGUUUGACUCGCCUUCGUGGGUCCCGGUGGAGUUUGUUGUCUUUGCGAGCCGGUUCCCUAUAUAUACGGAUGCAGGUGGGAGGCUGGGGCAUGGGUUGGAGGUAUACUAUAUUGGCACCCCUCGGUCUGGUGGUGACUCUACCAUAACCGAUGAUGGGGUAGCUGAGGGCGAAGAUAUCGAAGAUGUCGAGGGGAUGGUACCAGUUCCCCGGCUGGCGGGCUUGACUACGGAUUUCAUUGGACCUCUUCCGGACGACUCUAUCCCUCUCAACUACUCCCAUCUUUCGUACCUGGAUGGGCGGAUUUUCUUCGUCUCUACCCAGCUGGACAGCGAGAUGCCACUUCGGAUUACGGCUUGUCGACUUCCGCCCGAGUCCUCGUUGCCAGUCGACUCGGAGGAGGGGACGAAGUUAUCUGCAGGCCCAACUAGUACUAGCACUAGCACCUUGUCUUGGUCCACUGUCCUUUUGGACUUUCCGUACUCCGACGACCAACAAGAGGUGGAAGUUUAUGGAGAGAAGUGCGGUGUUUGUCCUUUUAGUGGGAGGGUGGUGGUUGCUUCGAGGGAUCCGGACAGGGACAUUGGGAAAGACGAUAUUCGUGUCAUGGAUUUUGUUCGUUCCCCCUCUCCGAUGGUGCCUACUAGUAGUAGGAGUACUACGACCUGA